AUGAAUGGUCUCGGAGUAGAAGAUCUCCUGGCCGCCAGCGCCAGCCGCAUGCCCACGAGCCGACCUGCCGAUAACCAGCCUUCGCUACCACCGGCAAUCUCGCUACCAUGCUCCACGCACCACCCUAGCCGUGGACUCAGCUCCGAGGAGGAGAACCUCGCUUUUUCGCUGAUGAUGCUGGCCAAUGGCAUCUGGGGUGAGCAUCCUGCAUUCCUUGACCAUGAUACAACGCGACCACCGCCACCGCCUUUGCCACCACACGUGGUAGAUAUUCCAGUGGGCGUAGCCCGCGAUUUAGCCCAGGGUGCGCCGGCAGCCGAGGUGACCAACCAAACAUCGUCUUCAGUGAUCGUGGUUGCUCCAAGGCAAGGUCCCACACAAGCGCCGCCACCAUCGUCGGUAGUCGCUGUCGGGCCAAAUCUGGUGCUAGAGCGGGUGGUCCCACUGAGCCAAGCGCCAAACCCGGUGAUUGUGACUCAACCAGCCCCUGCUCUGGCAUUGUCAUCCACCCAAGCACGAUACGUUGUCGCGACGAACAAAGUGCCAUUCAGCAAGCCCAACAAAGCGUCCACACAACCAAUCAAGCCCUGCAAAUCGCUCACGACCAUGGCCACGGCAGUGGAGAACCAAGUGUUGCAGCAGGAGAGCCAACAACUGUUACACGAGUGCCCCCUGUGUCUCAAGAGGUUCAACAAGUCUCGCGGCCUUAAUGCGCACAUGAAAAUCCAUCCAGAUGGGAGAUUGCACCCGUGUGUGUGGUGCAUGAGCACUUUCCCCAACUCCUCCGCGCUUCGCUCACAUGUCAGGCGCAGCAACACCUACGGCGGAAACAAUGAAAGAAAACUCGGACUCGUGGCCGCGGCGGCGAUCGCAUGGCACACCAUUGACCUGAACAUGCCGGAGAUUUAA